AUGUCAGCCACACUAUCCGCCUCGACACUGGUCGCAACUCCAAGUCCGACUGAGACGACAGCGGCCGCAUGUAUCAGCAUCGCCCCGGACUCAAAUGGCCAUGUUCCCUAUGGUGUCUGCCACGGUUUCUGGCCCUAUAUCCCUAGCUUUGAAGGAAACCUCGCUCUCGCCAUUCUGUUUGGCCUAUCGGCCCUGGUUCACCUUGUCCAGGCAGUCAUGUACAAGCAACGUUACUGCUGGGUUAUCAUCAUGGCCGGCGUCUGGGAGACUUCUGCCUUCGUCCUCAGGACGCUAGGAGCGAAGAAUGGACGUGUGUUGCCAUUCUACAUCAUCUCAUCGCUCACCUUUAUGCUCGCCCCCUUAUGGAUCAAUGCAUAUGCCUACAUGGUCGGGGCUCGCAUCGUUCACUUUUCUCUUCCCGACCGACGAGUCUUCCGCAUCAAAGCCUCCUAUAUGACGAAGCUCUUUGUCGGUGCUGAUUUGGUUUGUUUUGGCGUUCAGGGAGCCGGUGGCUCGAUGCUAUCAGGACAGGGGAGCGCUUCAACGAUGCAGACGGGAAAGAUUCUCUACACUGCAGGUUGCAUAGUUCAACUCAUCUUUAUCGCCGUCUUCACUGCAGUGGCUGUGCAACUGCACGUCAAGGUCCGGAAGAACCCGCUUUCGGCCUGGAAUGCCAACUCGUUGCAGCUGAUCUGGGUUAUCUUCAUCGUCUUGAUUCUCAUCUUCGUAAGCACCUCCGGGGGUGUCUUGUAA